AUGAACAAACCCAACAUGAAGCCACGCCUUCACUCACACCAACCGACCGCCGGUGUCUUCAAGGCUGAUUCUAUACGAGAUGUUGCGGAAUCUCUGAACAUUGUGAAUCUCCCCGAUGUAGUCGCUUCCGCUUUGGCAAGCGAUGUGGAAUACCGAAUCCAUCAGGUAAUUGAGGAAGCGGCCCGCUUCAUGAGACAUGCAAAACGCACGACCUUGACAACAGCAGAUAUCGACCAAGCCCUCCGCGUGCUGAAUAUCGAACCGCUGUAUGGACACUUCCCGCAUAACCCGCCUGUGUUCAGGCGAGCACCACCACAUCCUCAGACCACCGCGGCAGGUUCUGUGUACUUUAUUGAGGACGAGGAGAUUGACUUCGAGCGCGUGCUGCGCGAAGAGAAGCUCACGCUGCCCAAGGGGCCUCGGUGGACGGCCCACUGGCUUGCCGUUGAGGGCGUCCAGCCCCUCAUCCCGGAAAAUCCUCCGGCCAUCCCUAAAGAUAUCGACACGGAACAGGCCGUGAAGCCUGGUUCACCGUCACGACCUCAUUCCGUCUUCCCGCCAACGCCGCCAUCAGAUCGACCAUCACCAAUACAAGCGGCGAAGAAGCAACAACAACAACAACAGCAGCUAGUAAAACAAGUGCUUUCGCGCGAGCUGCAGCUGUACUACACGCGACUUACAUCUGCGCUGCUUCCUCCUUCCGCGUCAGACCUUACAAAGCGGACAGCAGCGCUUGCGAGUCUACGGAAUGACGCCGGCUUGCAAGCUUUGCUGCCGUAUCUUGUGCGGUGGGUAGGAGAAGGUGUAGUAGGAGCAUUAAAAAAUGGGGUGCAAAGUGAUAAUGAUGGGCAGGUGUUGGAGGUGCUUCUCGACGUUAUAGGGGCGCUUCUUGACAACCCGACAUUAUUUGUUGAACCAUAUCUGCAUCAAUUGCUACCUCCAAUUCUCUCAAUACUUCUACAUUCAUCGUUACCAGACUCCCAUGCAGUAAACCUUCGUACCACGGCAUCUCAUAUUUUGUCACGGUUACUUACACAAUACUCGACGACAUAUCCGUCGCUUCCUCCGCGAAUCAUGAAGACACUACUACUAGCCCUAAUAUCACCCGGCAAGAGCCGGAGUACAAGGGAGGGUGCAGUACGUGGACUCGUGGGCAUUGGGAAGGAAGCGGUUCGGAAAGGGCUUGUGGAGGGUGGUGGUGCAAAGGUGAUAGGAAGUGAAUGUAUGCCAGGAGAGGAUAGCGGCAUUGCCGAGUCCGUCAUGGACGCGUUUCGAGUGCUACAUCCGCAAAGUUCCAGCCCUGUGCCUUUGGACCAAUCGAAUCAAGCUGAUGCAGAAAUCAUACGGCAGCUCGGGGAGGUGCUUGGAGAAUUAUUCGCGGAUAGGCUGAUGAGUGAUUCAGCAUGGGCACGAGGAGUGCUGAUAGGGGAUGCAGCAGGUUUGUGA